AUGACUGGCACUAAGUUGCCGUAGGGACGGACCAGAUGUGUAAGAAUCGGCAAAUAACUUGCCCGUUUCAUAAACUGCGUUAGCGUGUCCAGACCCCGGCAAGGCUAGCGCGUCAGACGCACGACUCGCCGCCAUGUCUUACGGGAAGCGCAAGAGGUACCGCAAGCACAUCAGGUGCGUUUCCUUUCCGGAUGACGUCAGACGUCCUGAUGUCAGACAUCCUCCCGUCCCCCAGAAAGUGGCGAGAGAAGCUGCUGUUUCGCCCGGCAAGCGUUGGCGACGAUGGGAAGACUGCUUCCAGGACACGCCGGUGAUUAAGAAUCUCAAGUUAUCAGGAAAGAAACGGUCUGCAGCAAGAAAGCUGACACAUCCCCCUUCUUCAGUGCGGACUAGUGCUGCUGACUUGAGUGAGGAUCCGAUCCAGAUUGUAUGGAGCUCCAGUGACAGUGAGCUGUCCAAUGGUGACGCUCAGAAGCGGCCGCCUCUGCCCAGAACCACGGCACAGCAGCAGCGGAGGCCACGACGGCCCGUGAAACCUGCAACUCUGACUCUUCAGUCCCAUAAGAGAGCCCUGCAAGAGCUGAGCACAGAUAAAGAGGACCCUCUAGUCAUAGAAGACACGGACAGUGAUCUGAACAACUCUGAAGAUGAAGCUAAGAAAGAAGGUGUUGCACAGAUAUCCAGCAGUGAUACAGACUCUGAACCCUAUGAUGUCCAGCUUAAAGGGAUGUCUGCUCCUCCAGUAGAGAGUGCUGACCUCGACAUCUCAGCCUAUGAGCCCGACGAGGAGAGCGCCGAUGACACAAUGACCCGGCGCGGACUGGACAUUGAGAGCUUUUCUCUCCAGACUGGCGAGGGCGGCAAACGUUCGUUGACAGACUGGGUCAAAGCUGCCCAGGCAGCACUGCAGACACCUCAGAAACAGUCGCACCCGCCGGCCAAGACCCCCGAAGACUCCGCUAAAAAGAGAAGGAAGUUUCAGAGUGGAGGGCUGGCAGAGAGGCUGAAUCGACUGCAGGGCCGGCAGAGAUCGGCCGUCGGCUUCUGGAGGCACCAGUCCGUCUCGGAGACCUUGACGGCAGCAGUGGAUAUGCCUGGCGUGCUGGUGCUGGAGGUGUUGGAGGUUCAGGAGGAGUGCGGCAUGCAACUGGCACAGUGUGAGCACCGCCCGGCUCCCAGCGUGGGCCAACCGCACAGCUGCCCCGUUUCGGCCGCGGGGGUCCGUGUUCUGGUGCUGUUCGCCAAGGAGACGGCAGCCCAGCUGACGCCUGCACCCCGAGAUAUUAUACACGUAUACCCGCCAUGGCAAACUCUGACAAUAGAGGGUGAAAACGGUACCAUCGUUCUGAACACGCACUUCAGCCAGAAGGUCUACUCUGGUUCCAAACUGGGCGACACGUCCGUCUCAAGUGCCCCGCUCCCAGCACAGAAACGUAUGCCUUACCCUUUGACCCGAGUAUUUGGACUGCUGGAAAUGUCCACAGUAGAGGACACCGCCAAACAGGUUGCAGGAAACCAGGCUCUGUGUUGUACUAGCGCUCCAGCAGGUAGGAGGAGACACUCUGAUUCCCUCCUGGAAGCCAUCGAGGGACUCGGCCAGGCCGGCUCAAUAGGGCAGGAUGUGGUGGUUGUGGUCCAGCGGGUUUACGCCAUCCCUGUGCCCAACCGUUCUGCUGGAUUGAUUAUCAAGUCCAAAAUGCCCUGCAGGUCCUCAUCGCCCCCCUCCCUCCAGAAAGUCAAAACCAGACUGUGUGCACUAGUCCAGGAUGCUUUUGGGAUGUUCAGUGUGGUCCAGCUCCACCUCCUGACCUGUGAGGACCACCUGCAGCAGUACAGCCAGAGGUGGCAGGGGAGGACCUGUGUGCUGACGGCCAUUAAAGUGGUGCAGCGGGUUACUCGGGAAAGGUUUACCAGGCUGUUCACCGUGCUCGACAGUCUGUGGCCACCUGUGACGUCCCGCCAAGCACAUGGAAACUCGCCCAGUUCACACGAUGGGGGUGGAUCUGCGGGACCGCCGCCACGUUUCUGUUACCUGCUGUCUGGCCAGGAGGACUCUGUUGAACCCAUAGAGGGACAGACUGUGUCCCCUCUCUACCAUCCCCCGGUAGAGAGGACCCUACAAGACAUUCUGCAGAGGGAGCACAAAACCCAAUGUUUCAGCUUUACUGCGACCGUUAUAUACAAGAGAAUGCAGAGCAUUGACGUGGGACAAAGAGAGAUUUGGUUGGUGCUCACAGACCCCAGUCUUCAGGCAGAUCAAAUCGAGGAGCCGUGCAGGCGAACGCUGGCCGUGUGCGUGAGCACUUCCUGUGUGCUCUCUUCCUCCGUCAUCAGAGCGUUUCUCUCCACCACGGCCUGCCGCUUGUCAUUCAGAGAUGUCAUCAAAGAACACGGUGUUCUGCUGUGUGUGGAGCAGUCAGUGGUACAGAGAGAUCCUGUGGAGCCCGUGGGCAGCCUUGACUGCCCGGCCGAGCCAGAGCCACCAUUACAGUCUUGGACAGUGUCUCAGACAUGCACCCAUUCCCUGCCCCAACCAUUGAGGUUAGAUCCCCUGAGUGCUGAAACCAGACCAAACUCCCUCUGCACUCUGUCAGGGGUGAUAGUUGAUGUGGAUGAAAGCAGUGCCUACUCCUGGCCCGCCUGCGGCCUUUGUGGAAACAGCCACUUGGAGAUGGUGGCGGAAAGGCCCCAGGCGUACUUCUGCAAGGCGUGCAAUUCGACGUCGGAGAAGCCGACCAUCAAGAUGCAUCUUGAAGUGUUCCUGAGCUCUUCGCUCGCUAACUGCACGCUGAAAGUCAAGCUGCAGGAAAGUACAAUCAUGUCCAUCCUGAACACCGCAGACUGUGUGGAUAAUGAGUUCCCAGGUUAUGAGGUAGAGAGCGUCCUGGGGAAGGAGGUGGGCCCCCUUGCCGUUUACGUCCGUGUCGUCAAGCCAAAACCUGCUCUCUGGAUCAGCCUGGAAGAAGUCCGCCUCUGAGGGCUGUCAGGCUGAGGAGCUAAUAAAAUCAAUCCUCCAAAACCUCUGCUGGCUCCAAGGAUCUGCGCACUAUGUCCUUGGUCUGAGCCAGUUUACCCCCACCCCCACCCCCAUCCCCACACCCCCCUGUGAAGGCCUCCCGUUAGCCCCACAGACUGUGCUGAAGUGAAUGGCCUGGAAGAGAACAAGGUCAUGUUUGCCUGUUAUGUGAUCCUGCAGGCCAGGAGAUGACAGCCCAAGGGUAAAGGCAGAGGAGCACGGCCUGUCAAAACAGCCCAUGUGGUUCAUUAAAUGACGUGGCUCUCAAGAACAUGUUGGGGUUUUUUUUUUGGCUGUAAACACGUUUUGAAGUUCUGUCCUUUUUUUCUUUUUUUUUUUUGUGGAAACCUUUCAAGUCUACCUCUUUCUGUAUUUAAGGUUAUUUAAUGGCGCUCAUACUGUGGUAAUAAAUCAAGAGUUUAUGUUUGAC